UUAAACGAAGCAGCUGGCCGCCCGAAUCUCCAGAGAUGACACGUGUUGCUGGAUACAAGCUCAUCGGUACGGUGCUGCUCAUAGCCGCUGGAAAUGGAGCAACAUUGGAACCAGUGGACGUUAUAAAGAUGAUAGGAUACUUUCGCCAUAUGACGGCCAUCUAUGCAUCAACUGCUACGGCCGGCGACGUUCAAUUGGAGUGCUUGCACGCGCAACUGACGGAAUACGACUUGGAUGCAGGAACCGGCACUUACCUUUGGUUUGUGACAGACGAUGACGGUAAAGAAAUGACGAUCACCCACCAGAUAACAAAAGGAGAUUCGCCUGAUGAAGUCACCGUCGUUGGUUCCAAUGAUCCAGAGAAUCCAUUUACCGCCACAGUGCCCUAUACUGACUACAGAAAGUGCUUCAUUCUGAAAAGUGGUGACCUCGGAGGCCAGUGCAUGCUAUGGGUCAACGACGAGUACAAAGAUCACUACCCUCGGAAAUGCACACAAAAGUACAAAGAAUACUGCGGUGAAGGAGUUUUAAUCUACGACAAGCAGACUUGCGCCAACCAGGAAGAUGCAUAAGAAGCGGCUGAAUAAAAUACCUAUACUAUGCGGCA